AUUUAUGAGACUUCAUGAAGUUUGGAAUGUUUAUCUGCACAGAACCUUUGACUUUAAGAAGCAAAUCAAGUUUAUUUUUAAACAGCAGAUGCAAACUGACUGUACCGGUUGAAGACUAAUCAUCUCUUACAGGACAGUUACAAGCAACAGAGAUAAAAGAUGGAUCCAGCAGUGUUUUCUCUGCCGGAGAUCAUCACUCAUCCGGGAUCUUCUAAUUUCUUCCCACACUAUCACCAACCACGUCCGGCGUAUACAUCUGCCUCACAAGAUGUAGACAACCGUGGACUGAUAGAGCCAUCCCUUUUGAUAAGCCGUGAAGUCAUCAGCCGAGGACAGUUUCAUCGAUCAGGACCUCACCAUGUGAUGAAUGAAUCUGCGUCACAGAGAACUUCCACAGUUGCAGAAAUUCUCCGGAGCAUAGCUAACACUGAUCAAAGAAGAACGGACACACAGUUUUGGACACAAUGCAUCUCAAACCAGCGACAUCUGAUCCCAGGCUUAACUGUGCCCAUCGAACCCCAGACACAAGCCCAGGACAGUCUCUCUCCGCUCAACCUCCAGACUUUAUCACCAGAUCCAAGGUCCCACGUCCCAGCCUGUACUGACAGCACUUUAACCAUAUUUACUUCCUGUUCUCCACACAACUCUUUUUUGCUAAAUAUGAGCCCCGUCGCCUCCACUGCGAAUACCAGCUUUGGUUUUAGUCCCUAUGUGUUGGCUCCUAUCUGCGGCCCAACAGAGUUAUGCUACAGCCCAUAUUCACCUCCUCAUUCUUGGCUCCUGCCGGAGGUUCAUCCCAGCUGGUGCUUGUGUCCGCUGAUGCACGUCCAUCAGCCCUGCAGCACCGACCUGGUCUCGAGAGGAGCAGUUCAGCAGGUCAGCGAGCAGAUAAACGCAACGUCUGCAGCGUCAGGGAGAGAUCAGAACGAAGAGCAGGCCAAGUCAGAAGGUCAGAGGUCAAAGAUAAAAGGACAAGGAGUUCCUACACUGUCUUUCCUCACAGAAGAACAGCAGAACGAGAAUAAACCUGACAAGGACAAACUACAAGCAGAAAACACCAACUGUCAAACAACAAAGUCCAAGGUUUCUCCUGAAUCUCUACCACCUUUAGACGAAGAAUCUCUGGCAGAACGCGCCUUUGAAGAAUACAUGAUAAUCAUGGACUCCCUCAGCCCUGAGAUCCAAGAACGUGUGGCGGCCAGACAGAAUGAAAAGGAAGCAGAAAAAAGCUCAUUUCUGGAGUAUCUGGAUGAACUGUGCAGCGAUGAGGUCUUUGUCAGAAGGGCGGGGUCGACACUGAACACGGAGUACCUGGAUUCCCUCCUUUCUUCAGAUCCAGAGCCCAUUGACCUUCUCCCACUAAAGGAACUUGAGCAAGAGGCUUUGGAGGUGAUCCUGCAGCAGCAUUUACAUCCACCAGCUGCCGACUCCAACAGCGUAAGUCCUGUAACCAAAGAGGCAUCUCCAGCUGCUUUGCAUGUCGAGGAAACUGCACCAGCUCCAAGAGCUCAAUCACGCAUUCUGGAUCCCACGGGCUCACAGUCCGACACAAAUCCAGACAUCAAUGGACAAAACGCACCUCUGAGUACGAGGAAUAUAGGAUCCAAAGUUCGGACUCCCUGUUCUGCCCUCCUCCCUUCACUCCUUACAGAAAAACCACUACCACCUGACCCCACAACAAAUUACUGUAACCCUGUUAACGCCACAUCCACUCUUUAUUACGAGGGCUCCCUUUUCAUGGAUUAUAGUUUUAAAUUAUCUCAGCAGUUGCUUGCCAAAAUCUCCAGAGACACCAGUCUUACUUCUGAUUUGGAAACUAGAGGCAACGGUGAAUUGGUAGAGGAAGCUGCAGCCUCAGUGUCCCUCUCGAACCUUGCAGACACGCAGUCAGCUCAGGCGUCCCAAAAUCUUCAGGGAGGACCUAUACCCGGGAAUCCUCCUGCCUCCGAGUCCCCCUCAACCUCCAGUAUUUCUGGGUCAAUCCAGGACCCUCAUACCAUUGUCGUCAAGGAUCCUGUGCCCAGUUUCAGAGCUGAUUUGUUGAACAUAAGCCCACCACAGUCAGCCAGCCCUCCAGCUCUGAGUGUCCUAGCUUGGAAAACACUUCCUCGCCCACUGCCCCCCCCACCAGCUCAGAUAAGGGAACCUGAGGAACAAUGUAGCCCAAAGUCCUCUUGUCCUGAGGACUACACAAUUCUUAUGCCAGCUCAUUCAGUUUCCCCUGCAGAGUCCUGUGAUCCCCUAGUUGAUGGCAAUUCAUCAGAUGCUGUUCCUGAAAAACAGACAAUAGAGGCAACAAAAGGACAGCAAGUUUCUGGUGUUUACUCUGAACUCAGCGCAAGAAAACCGGGUGAAACGGAGAGAAAAUGUGACAAAAAUCUGGGAAAAGGUGUUGGAACAACAGUGACACAAGAGCCAACAGCAAGAAAAGAAGAGAUGACUAAAAAGACUUCUGAAAGGAAGGACGAUGAAGAAAAUGAAGCCAAGCUCAAGGGAACAACAAACACUAGACGCAGGCCGAGGCUGUCAGAUCUAAAUGAAAGAGAGAAAACAAGACUGAGUGGUGAACUUACUAUAGAGACAGCAGAGGAGAGGAAACCAUCUGAAAAGAGCAUUAAGAAAACAGUAAAAAUCACCCCAGAGAGGGACGAGAGGGUAAUUAAUGAAAAAGAGGAGAGACGGCCCUCAGGAGGAAGGCGAUUACAUAAAAGAGAGGAGAGUCAUUUUGAAGAGCGGAGCCAGGCAACAAAAACAGCAAAUACAGCAAAGCAAUUUUCAGAGACAGGAGAGAAGGAACAUCAGAAGCUCGUAGCGGAGUUGCAGAAACUCAAUGUGGAGGGAGGUAAACAGUGUGAGGCCAAUAACCCCAGAGAGAGCACUGAAAUGGGGGCAGAAAAUGCUCUAACGGCACAAGAGGAGAAACAGUUGGGCGAGGGGAUAGAAAGAAGAGAGGAAGGCAUUCAAAUGUCUGUAAGAAGAACAAGGAGCAUGACGAUUGAGGAAAAAGUGCAGCCGACUCUUCCUGCAGCUGGAAGCAUAAAGAAAGUCAAACACUCACAGACGGAGAGAAGCGAGAUAAGGUCCUCACCAGAGAGAGGAAUGCAGGAAGACGACAAACUAAAGGGAAAUGUGAAGGAGGAGGAAACUGAUCCACAGACUCCACUGAUUUCAAGUCCAAUGAAAAGAAGCAGGAGCAGGAGAGACGCAGAGGAGAGUGGGGAGAGGGCCAAGGACGCUGAUUCAACGGGACGCAAGACCAAUGAGGAACAGGUUUCUGGAAACUGCAGUCUGCAGAGCCCAAGAGUUCAGACUGGAACUCAUUCAAUAAAAGACUCAAUAAAGGAGUCACCAGGGGAAGGUCCACUGGACAAGAGAAAUGAGUCCCCUUGUGUGACAACCUGUGAGAACAACCCACAUCUAACCCCGGCUCGGUGUCAAGAGGCCCGGCAACAAAGCGAAACGGUUGCAUUAAGUGGAGAUGGAGCUGACAGAGGUGUAAAAAGAGGAGAGACAGAUCAACAUGGGAACAUCACGGGACCCAAAACUUGGGGCUUUUACAACUUAAGGUCACAAACUCAAAAACUAAAUGCCUCAAAAAGGACAGUAAAUAGGAGAGGGGUUCAAGAGGAGGAAGCAACACAGCAGCUAUCCAACACCAAACCCUGUCCAGACCAGACAGCAGACGUGAAAGGUGAGGAUGAAAGAAUAAAUGAAGAGGCAGAAGGCCCAAGCCUCAUGUUGAGUCCGAUGAAAAGACACUGGCAUGAACGCACAGCUUCUGAAGAGAGAGAGGAAAGGGUGAAUAAGACGGUGCGAACAUCAGACAAAGUGAGGACUGAAACGGAAAUGAUAAGCUCAAGUCCGGUGAAAAGAGGAAGGUGUUGGUGCAGAGCAGAGAGAGAUGAACAGCAAAAGCUGACAGUGAACAGGAAAGGCCAAGAUGAGGCAGAAACAUCUGGCGCACCCUCAGCAAGCAGUAACAGAAAAGCCAAGGAGGAAGAGAUUUCAGAUGCAUCAGCUGGACGUAGCAGUGCGAUAGAAACCAGAACGAGUCUUAAGGGAACUCUCAUCCCACGUUUUCCUUCUAAGAGACUGCGUUGUGAAAAGGUACCCACAAAGUAUCAAGAAUUCAUCUUGGGCAAUACAAACAGACCCCAACGACAGCUAGAUACAGAGAUAAGAAAAGGAAAACACCAAGAAGUGGAAAGAAGAUGGAUAAUUAAUAAAUGAAUGUGCAUUUUGCGCUUUAAUUAAAUGUCUGAGAUGUGAAAGUGAGGGGAAACAACACACAGACAGCAAAACCUCCUUUAAAUAAUUCACUUUAAUUAAUGUUAAAUAGAAACAAUAUUCACAAAACAUGUAAAAAUGAUUAUUUUACAUAAAAUAAAACGUUUUGCUUUA